AUGAAUACGAAGCUAACCCGAAGACUACUGGCUACUGGCUUCUCCUCCUCCUUAGCAGUAUCCUUCUUCACGUCCGCAUCUCAGCAACCAGUGGCGGGACCUGAUAUGAGCAAGCCAAAAAACUUCGAUCUCAUUGUUCAAGAAGCAGAUGCGCUCUACGAUAGCUAUUUGAUUGACAAUGCCUACAGUAUUUUAAGAAGAUUUGCUAAAAGCGACUGUUCCGAGCUGCUCUGGCGAUUGGCGCGGGUCGUAUGUGAGAAAGCCAAGUUGAGUCAUGACAAGGACCAGAGGAAAACGCUCAUGUAUGAAGCCCUAGCACUGGUGGAGAAAGCUAUCGAAAAAGAACCCAAAGACGGCUGUUUUGGAGCUCAUAAAUGGUAUGCCAUAUUGCUCGACUAUGUUGGAGAGAUUGAGGGAAAUAAAUCACGAAUUCAAAAAUCUUAUAUGGUGAAAGAACAUCUCGAGCGUGCUUUACAAAUUCGCUCUAAUGACGCAACAACGUGGCAUAUUUUGGGUGUUUGGCACUUCUCAUUUGCUGAUAUGGGUUACGCUACAAGACUAGUAGCAAAGACAAUUUUUGCUUCACCACCCAGUUCUACUUACGAGAAAGCGCUCCAUUAUUUCCUUAAAGCAGAGGAAAUUUCUGUAAAAGAACAUCUCGAGCGUGCUUUACAAAUUUGCUCCAAUGACGCAACAACAUGGCAUAUUUUGGGCGUUUGGCACUUUUCAUUCGCUGAUAUGGGUUACGCUACAAGACUAGUAGCAAAGACAAUUUUUGCUUCACCACCCAGUUCUACCUACGAGAAAGCGCUCCAUUAUUUCCUUAAAGCAGAGGAAAUUUCUCCUCGUUUCUACAGUACCAACACCUACUUCAUUGGCGAAGCCUAUGAGAAAUUGGGUAAUAAAGAGGAAGCUAGGAAGUAUUAUCUGGACGCGUUCAAAAUGCCCGUCGUAACGGCUGACGACCAACAAAUACAUCAAAAGGCCUUUGAAAAAUUACGAGCGGCCGGAUUGCAAAACGCUGAACUGUUGCAAGGGCGAUAG